ACUAUCUGCUGCACUAAAAGGAACCUCACCUGAUCGUAUUAGGAAUAUCUGUAUCUAUCUCUCUCUAUAUAUAUAGGAAACAUAUUAAAGCCUUUUAUCAUCAAAAGGUCUUGUAAUGGCAAUAAGCAAAAACGAAAACACUAGUUUCUUAUUCUUUACUUCUUUCUUCAGUUUCUUAUCAUCGAGCAACUUCUUUUUGAUCUCUUUGCUAGUUGUUAUUUGUAGUGCUUCUGCACCAUCAUCUAGUACUGUUGCUAAUGAGCAAUUACUUGACCGAAUAUCCAGCCUACCAGGACAACCACAAGUAUCUUUCUCUCAGUUCUCUGGUUAUGUUACUGUUAACAACAGCCAUGGCCGAGCUCUGUUCUACUGGUUAACUGAAGCUACUAAUGAUCCAGAUCGAAGACCACUUGUUCUUUGGCUUAAUGGAGGACAUUAUGUUCCUCAAUUGGCAAAGAAAAUCCAUGAUUAUAAUAAAGCUCGUCACGAGCCCUUCAUUAACCUAAAGGGAUUCAUUGUAGGGAAUGCAGUUACAGAUAACUACUUUGAUAGCCUCGGAACAGUGACAUACUGGUGGAGCCAUUCUAUGAUCUCUGAUCAUACUUAUCAGUCCAUCAUCUCCCGUUGCAACUUCACAAUUAUAGACAACUCUCCCUCAUGUGAUGCAGCCAUCAGUUAUGCUAUGAACCAUGAAUUUGGUUAUAUUGAUCAGUACAGCAUUUAUACUCCAGCAUGUAGGGCUGUGUUGACAACAUCCAACUAUACUACGCAAAAUAUCAGGUUCAAAAAUACCCUUUUACGCAGGCGAGUUAAUGGUUAUGACCCUUGCACAGAGAAUUAUGCCGAAAGUUACUAUAACAGGCCCGAGGUUCAGAAAGCCAUGCACGCAAACUCUACAGGCAUUCCCUACAAAUGGACUGCUUGCAGUGAUUUGCUGAUCAAGAAUUGGAAGGAUUCACAGUUCUCCAUGUUACUAAUAUACAAGGAGCUAAUUGCUGCUGGACUGAGGAUAUGGGUUUUCAGCGGAGACACUGAUUCUGUCGUACCAGUUACUGCAACUAGGUUUGCACUCAACCAUCUUAAUCUUACUAUAAAGACUAGAUGGUAUCCAUGGUACUCCAGCGGCCAGGUUGCUGGAUGGACGGAAGUGUACAAAGGGCUGACAUUUGCCACUAUAAGAGGAGCCGGCCAUGAAGUCCCGCUGUUCCAGCCCAAAAUCGCAUUUAAUCUUUUUCGAGCAUUUAUAGCCGGCAAGGAGUUGCCAAAAUCAUAAUUUAAUUGUAACGAUAAAUAACUACUCCGAUAAUUAAACUGAGAUCAAAGAGACAAUAUUCGGUCACGUGAAAAUUUU